UCUCUAUCAACUCCAACUAGUCGAACCCACCAAGAUGCUAUGCUCGCAUAGUCAUUGUCGGGUGGUUCAGGAACUCAUGGACCUUACCCGGGUUUCACUGUUGCCAAGUAAGAAUUCUAUUCAGGACCACGGUGCUGUCCUACUGCUCGAGCGCGAAAAGCGCCUGACCUUUUCGCAGCUCUCGGGAUGGUUGGAUAGGCCGCCGGUGCUAGUGAGACGGCUUCAUCCGGGCUAACGUCCUCCCGCUAUUCCCUCUAGCCGUUGCACCUGCAGGUUGGGCGCGGUACAGAGUUCAGAUUGUUCAGAUUGCUCUAGGUAGUGAACCACUCACUACUCGAGU